AAGGAAUCCAUAGGAACCGUCACCGUUAGACCAUUACAUUGGGCUGCAUAAAAAAUGUCUAACUUAGAGUGGGGUAAUCUAUUGCGAUGUAGGCUAUUUUAUAGUACAGGUAAUUUGGCAACUAGUGCCCCCUAGUGAUUGUUAGAACGCAUUGCAUGUCCGCAACAUAGGGUCUUCAGUUUGCGCUGAACACUGGUGGAAUAAGUGCCGCAGUUCUUAAACCUGAAGCAACGUAUUGGAAAUAAUUUGAGCGGUAACCCACAACACAACUUCCUUCCUGUAGCCUAAUUUUGGAUGCUAAGGUCUGAUAACAUGUGACGUCUAACUUGAGGCAGUUCCUGGACCUUUUGGUUACACUGUCAUGUGUAACCUACUUCCUGCCGGAGUUUUGGUUCAGACAUCUUACAGCAUGGUCCAUGUUUUUGUGAAAAUGUGUUUCUAUUACAUGUGGUUUUCUGUGUCUUCUGCUCUCUCGAUUCUCAAUGACCAUUUGGACUGCAAUCAAGAGGGAAUCAAAUGCGGUUCGAAAAUAGUGAACUGUUCAGACGAACAGGAGCGGGUUCCCAGGUACCUGACCUACACCGGCCCUGUAUGGGCCCUGGAGAAUGUGGGAGUCGCUGAGGAUGAGAAUGGACUCCUACCUGUUAUCAAUGUCUCCUGGAGUUUACAGGCAAAUGGAGGGAUAUUUUCCAUACAGGGAAUGAAGGCGCACCUUUUGGAAGAAAACACCACCCAGACUUUAUGUGUGUGGUACAAUUUCACGAUCCCCUCACAGUUGAAUCCACGGCUGGGCAAGUGGACCUUUUCAUUGGAUGGUGUUGUUGUGGACCCAGGACAUACCUAUUCAAUAUCAGUGUUUAAUUUACCUGAGCCUGACCAGGGACAUUACAGGAUAAAAAACAGAUUACUGUUCCACGAUGUGACGACUGGAGAAUCCAGCAAGCCCAACUCUGUUUGGAGAACGGCAGCACGUGGGAUCCUCAGAUGACGGUGUCGGUCUCUUGGGAGGCCGGCUCCCUGGCUGCCACCGUGUGUUUCAAUACAUCCCAGUUCUCUGAUGGCUACACAGUGGCCGUCCAGAGCGCAGUGUACCAGGACUCAAAGAAUGUAUCCAAGGGGAAGAGCACUUGGCUGAACGUGACCUUUGAGAUGGAUAUAAGAAAUCACAUUCAGAUCGGUCCAAAAUGUGAACUUUUGUUUGUGGUACGGCCAUUUUUUCCUGGAUGCAAAAACAAAUGUUUGUCUGCUCAGAAGAAAUGGGAAAAUUGCCCAUAUGACUCCAAACAACCAUGGGCCCUACUUAUAUUCGCAACGCUAGCACUGAGUAUCAUCGCUGGCUGUAUUUCCUAUUCCCAUUGGAAGUCAUCUCAUAAAGAUUCCAGUGCGCCAUCUCCCCCUGACCCCACCCCUGACGCAGCGGAGGUGGCCAAGAGGAAGACGGUCCUCCUGAUCUACUCCCCGGACCACCCCCUGUACACCGUGGUGGUCCUCAAGCUCUGCUCCUUCCUCAUGGCCCAGUGCGGCACCGACGUGGUCCUGGACCUGCUGGACCUGACCCGGCUGGGCCAGCUGGGCGGCCUCCGCUGGCUGGACUGGCACCGGGAACGCAUCGAGCGCUCCCCCUCGGACAAGAUCCUGAUCCUGUGCUCCCCGGGGGUGCAGGCCAAGUGGAGGGCCAUGUGCGGGGCCAAGCCCGUGGUCCUGAGGGAGGACCUGCGCUCCCCGGUGGGGGACAUGCUCAGCCCGGCGCUGGGCCUCAUUGUCCCCGGUCUGGUGCGCUCGGGCUCCCUCCGGAGGUACAUCGUGGCCUACUUCGCCGACGUGUGCUCAGAGGAGGACAUCCCGGCGCCGUUCAACGUGGCGUUGCGCUACAAGCUGAUGGAGCAGUUCGAGGAGGUGCUGCUGCGCAUCCUGGAGGUGGAGAAGCAGCAGCCGGGCAGGGUGAACCGGGUCCAGGGUGUGGGCCAGCACGAGUACUCCCUCUGCCCCUCGGGCGAGGCCCUGAGGGGGGCCGUCGAGGCCUUCAGGGCGCAUCAGCAGAAGAACCCCCGCUGGUUUCAGGACGAGCUGGUGCAGGACGAGGCGGAGGGGGAUGUUGGAUCGGACGCCGGACGCACACUGGAGACACGCACACUGGACAUACACGCUUGACCCACAAUGGAUGCACGCACACCGGACACACACUCGGGACGUACACUCGACAUAUGAUAGACACACACACCCACUGGACACACACACACUGGACACACACACACACACUGAAUGGACACCCACAUACAGGGCACACAUGCUAGACACACACUUGAUACACACUUGACAUCACAUCAGUACAUACACUGACCGGCAGAAUAUCUUAUUCUGUAAUGCCCAUAGAUGGACCAACAGCAUAUUGUGUACUGUAGUCCUCCUUUCCCCCCUGUUCUUAUAUAACCGGUGAAUCUUCCCCUUUAUGCUUUGAUGACAUAUAUGUGUCUUGUAUCUCUGCCCGUGAUCAUGCUUUUUUUGAACAUCAACUGGAUCUUGAGCACCAAUGUUCAAAAGACAGAUAGAAGUAUAAAUACAAAUGAACGUAAAGGUAUGCUUAGCAUUUAAAGUUGUGUUUGCAGUUUCUUGUUCAAAAACAUAAUAGACAUCAACAUGUUUAGCGAUUAAGCAUCAUUAUAUGCAAUAAUAAAUGUGGUAUUAUAAUAACUUAUAGCAAUAAUAAAACCUUCUUUUUUUUUUCAUCUCAUCAU